AACGCUCAACAUUGGUUACAUUUUUCAGAGUUCACACUUCACACUUCACACUGAACACACUCAAAGUCCUUCUAAUUCAAAGUUUCACACAUACAUCAUUUGCAUCAUUGUUGUUUAGUAAAGCAGAGAAAAAUGGAGUGUUACAGAAUGCAGGUAGUGGUUAUAGUCUCAUUGAUGCUUCUGUUUCCAAACACACAAGGCUGGGGAGAAGAUGGCCAUGCCAUAGUUUGCAAGAUUGCUCAGUCUCGCCUCGGCGACACCGCAUCGGAGGCUGUAAAGAAACUGCUGCCAGAGUAUGCAGAAAAUGACCUGGCGAGUGUAUGUUCUUGGGCUGAUCAUGUCAAGUUCAUAUUCCAUUGGUCUUCAGCUUUGCACUUUGCUGAUACACCAGACAAUAUCUGCAAUUUCCAGUACAACCGGGAUUGCAAGGAUCAGAAUGGAGAAAAGGGAAGAUGUGUUGUGGGAGCUAUCAACAAUUACACCAACCAGCUUCUUAGCUAUGGAAGAAACAAAGUUCAUUCUCAAUAUAACCUCACUCAAGCUCUUCUAUUCCUUUCUCAUUUCAUGGGAGAUAUCCAUCAGCCUCUACAUGUUGGGUUUCUUGGAGAUAAGGGAGGUAACACAAUUGAUGUUCACUGGUACAAACAGAAGCAAAAUCUUCACCAUGUUUGGGAUGAUAGCAUAAUUGAGACAGCAGAAGAAAGAUUCUAUGGUUCUGAGAUAGGCGACUUCAUCAAUGCCAUUCAAGAAAACAUUACGAAAGAAUGGGAUUCCGAAGUUAAAGGAUGGGAAACCUGCAAUUCCAAUCAGACAACAUGCCCAGAUAUAUAUGCAUCUGAAAGUAUAAAAGCAGCAUGUCAAUGGGCAUAUAAGGGUGUCACCGAAGGUUCAGUGCUCGGAGAUGAUUACUUCCUAUCACGUUUGCCAACUGUCAAUUUGCGAUUAGCUCAGGGAGGAGUUAGACUUGCUGCAACUCUCAAUCGUAUUUUUGGCUGAUGCCGCAUUAUGUGUUCAGUAAUUAUGUAGCUUAUUGAAAUAUUAAAAUAGGUUUCCAAUAUAUAAAUCACAAAACACUCUCUAUUGGUACCUAGGUAACAAAUUUCUCAAUUAUAUUAUACUGAUAUAAGGUCAAGCUUGCUCAUAUGUUAAGCCUCACAAGUCUUCAUUUGCUGUUAUUACGAUUAUUUAUUAUUUGAAUCUGCCAAUGUGCUAC